AUGCAGAACACAGACGAAAUUGUUCGGUCGGUGUUGGAGGCUCACCAAAAGACCAACGAAUACUCACGCGAACGUUUGCAUAAUUUGCGAAAAGCAGCCAUUGAGAAUAAUAACUUUGAGUGCAACGUCUUAGAACAAACAUCCUGUCCUGUUGAUCCUAAUUCCUUUCUCCGCCUAAGCAAUGACAGCCAGUCCUUCAAACACAUGUCGGAUAACUGUGCCCCAGUUGUGACAGCCAUCACAGAUUUUGCACAGUUAAUUCCUGCAUUUCUCUUGCUUUGUAAGGAUGACCAAAUCACUCUGCUGAAGGUACCAAAAAAUCACCCCUUCUUUUUUAUUUCUUCUUUUUUUAAGUUUACACUUGCUCCUACUUUCUUUAUUUUUUUCUCGUUUUCUUUUCUCUACCUCUCUUCUUCUGUCUACCUCUCUUUUUCUCUCUCCUCCUUCUGCCUAUACCCCGUUCUUCCUCCUCUUCUCUUCUUCUUCCUUUCAUCCUUUACUUAUCUUUCUUUACUUCUCUUUUCUCUCUCUCUCACACCUAUUUUCUCUCUAGUUCCUCUUUUUCUCUCUCCUUUCUAUUUCUCCAUCUCUCUUUUCCUCCUUUCUCUUCUUUUUUAUUUCCCUCCUUUUUUUUCUCACUCUUUCUCCUCUUUUUCUCACCCUCUUUUUCCUAUUUUACUCUCUCUCUCUCUCUCUCUUUUUCUCCUUUCCUUCUUUCCUCUUCUUCCUCUUCUCUUUCUUCUCCCUUUUCUUUCUCUCUCCCUCUUCCCCUUCUUCUUUCUUGCUCUUCCUCCUCUUUCUUGCUAUGAAAAAGUAUUCAGCACUUUCUUCAAAUUAGGACUUACUAAAAUGUCUUCUCUUUCUUUUCUUUCUUUUUCUUUCUUAAUAGCUUCUCUUUCUUUUUCUUCAUUUUUCUUUCUUAAUAGCUUCUCUAUCUUCUCUUUCAUUUUCUUUCUUAAUAUUUUCUCUUUCUUUCUGUGUCAGAGUUCUCUUCUUAAGAAUGAGUGUUUCCUCUUUAAAGCAUUUUUUUGUUUCUUCUCUCCCUCCCUCUCUUUUUUCUUCUCUCUCCCUUUGUUUUUUUUUUUUUUCUUUCCCUCUCUUUUUCUUCUCUUUUUUUCUUUUUUCUCUCCUCCCUCUCUUUUUUUCUCCCUCUUUUGUAAACAACCUUUUCUUCUUUCUUCUCUCCCUCCCUCUCUUUUUCUUCUCUCCCUCCCUCUCUUUUUUCUUCUCUCCCUCCUUCUCUUUUUUCUUCUCUCCCUCCCUCUCUUUUUUCUUCUCUCCUUUCUUCCUCUUUCUUCUUCUUUUCCUCCCUCUCUUUUUUCUUCUCUUCCACUGUCUCUUUUUUCCUUCAUCCCUCUCUUUUUUUCUACUCUUCCUCACUUGCUUUUUCACCUUCUCUUCCUCGCCAUCUUUUUUAACUUCAUUUCCUCUUUCUCCCCUCCCUUUUAUCUUUCUCUCCCCUGUUCACUCUUUUCAGCCUCUGUUUCCUCUUCUGUUCCCUUCUUCUCUCUCAUUCUCCCUCUCUCUUCACAUUCUUCUGUUUUUUUCUUGUCUUCUCACUUUCCUCUUUCCAUUCUCUCUUACCCUGUUCCAAUUUCUUUCACAAUCUUUCUUCUCUUUUCAUUUCACUUUCUCUUUUUCCCUAUAUUUCUAUCUUCAGUUUCUCUUUUUCUACCUCUCAUUCCAACUCACUCUCUUUUUUCACUUCUCUUUCCUUUUCGCUUUCUCCCUCUCUCUUUCUUUCUUCAUUUUAUUUUUCUCUCUCUCUCUCUCUCUCUCUCUCUUUUCCUCAUUUUAUCUUCCUUUAUACUUAACCAAAUAAAUAAAUAUGGAAGCAAAAAUGAUUUUUUUUAUUUUAAAUCAAUUGGGUGGGGGGUAGAUUCAAAACUUUCUGAUCACUCUUUCCUCCUAACCCAAUACAAAUCAAUCACUUGUACCUGGUUGAACUUAUUAUGCAAAGAGGGAUGGGAUGAGGCAUUCGAAAAAAAAGCUUUCCAAUUUCUCUCUUUCUAUCUCUCUCUCUCUCUCUCUUCUCCUCCUCCUCCACUUCUCUUUGCUUUUCUAUUCCUCUCUUCUGCAAUGGCUAUCUCUUCUCUCUCUCCCUUUCUCUUCCUCCUCCUCUCUUUCCAUUCCUCCUCCUUCUCUUUCUCCUCUCCACCUAUUAGUCUUAAAUCUAACGCACACAUAUUCACAUUCUCUUUAUGUCCUCCUCUCACUUUCUACAUAUCUACUACCUUCUCUCUCUCUCUCUCUGUCUCUUGCUCUCUCUCUCUCUCUCUCCCUCUCCUCACCAUUCUUUGGUCUAUUGACCUCUCUCUCUCACACUCUCCAUUAUAUUAUUUCUUGCCUCCUCUCCCUCUCUCCACUAUUCUUUUGUCUAUUAACUUCCUCUCUCUCUUUCACUCUUUUUCCAACAUCCUUUUGUCUAUUGGCCUCUUUUUUCUCUCUCUCUCUCUCUCUCUCUCUCUCUCUCUGUCCCCAAUCUUUUACCAUUCUUUUGUAUAUUGGCCUCUCUCUCUGUCUUUCUCCCCCACCAAUCUUUUACCUGUUGGCCUCUCUCUCUCUAUCUCUCUACUUCUUUAUUGGCUCUCUCUCUCUCUCUCUCUCUUUACAUCUCUAUUCGCCUGUCUCAUUCUAUUGCUCUCUUUACUUCUCUAUUGGCCUCUCUCUCUCUCUCUCUCUCUCUCUCUCUCUGCUUCUUUCUCUUUCUUUACCUCUUUAUUGACCUCUCUCUCUCCUCCUCUAUUGACCUCUCUCUUUCCCUCCCUUUUAUUCUUGCUCUUUCUCUCUACCUCUCUAUUAUCCUCUUGUUUUUAUUUUGCUUCUCUCUUUUCUUCUUCACUGUUUUUGUCUCUUUUUUUUUUUUCUCUUAGAAUUUGUCCAUAA